UUUUCCUUGGGAGAUCAUAUCACAAAGAGAGAAAACAAACGGUGAUGUCUGACCUUCCGCUAGAUUUGGUCGAGGAAAUUCUUUCCAGGGUUCCAGCAACAUCUGUGAAAAGGUUACGAUCAACUUGCAAACGAUGGAAAGCUAUAUUCAAAGAUGAAAGAUUCAUUGAGAAGCACUUAAGUAAAGCACCAAAGGAGUCUAUGGUUCUCAUGUUGAAUGGGGAUAGGGUUUGUCCAGUGAGCGUCAAUCUCAACGUUGCUCCUCCUGCUAUGGAGUUUGAAGGCGCACUUGGCCUUAAGGAUUCCCAAUCUAGUUUAGAAGAAGUUGACAUAGUCGACGUUUUUUAUUGCGAUGGUUUGUUGUUAUGCCACACCAAAGAUUGUAGACUCGUGGUUUGGAAUCCGUGUUUGGGAGAAACCACGUGGAUCCUAGGCACAACUGAUGACAAGGUGUACUCUAGGUUUACUCUAGGAUAUAUCCAAAACAACAAAUCUUGUCGUAGCUACAAAAUCUUAAGAUGGUGGGGUUAUUUUAGUACAAAGCAGUUUGAAAUAUAUGAGUUUAGCUCUGAUUCAUGGAGGGUUCUUAAAGACGUUGGUUUUGAUUGGGCCAUAGAUAUACAAUAUCAUGGUUACGGAAGUGGUGCAUCAUCGUCUUUGAAAGGAAAUACUUAUUGGGUUGCUACUGAUACAAAAGAACAUUAUGAAUUCGUACUUUGUUUUGAUUUUACAGCAGAGCGAUUUAAACGUCUACGUCUUCCCGUAUUUCAGAUUCAUGGUGAAGUGACUCUAUCAGUUGGUAGAGAAGAACAGCUUUCGGCAUUAAAACGGAGCUUUGAUAGGUCAAAGAUAGAGAUGUGGGUAACCAACAAAAAAAUUGAUAUAGAAUCAGAGUUGUUGUGGAGCAAAUCCUAUAUAGUGGAUUUACCUAUUUUCAGUUAUCCUUUUGACAUUUUCACGAGUCUAUUAAUUGAUGCGGAGAAGAAAGUGUCCUUGUGUUGUAAUAUAUGUGUAGUGUGCGGCGGGAAAUUAGUAGAAGUAUACACUAUUGGAGAGGAUGGUGAAUAUUACACAGAAACCCCCAUCCAAGGUCGGGUAAGCCAUAAUUCGAGGCCAGUUAUUUUCAAUUAUGUUCCAAGUUUAUUUCAAAUCAAGUGAAUUAUUUUGCCCAUCCUCUUUUUGUUCAAAAACAAAAACAUUUGGUAGCUGA